UAACUUGACAUAUCUGAGGCGGAAUAAACAAAGGUUGGUGAGUGGUGAUGGUGUUUGUAAAGGCGACAGCUAUAACCGACGCCUGAGGCCUUAAUUUCACUUUCAUUUUAUUAUAACGUCUCUCCGACUCCCACCGAAACGUAACCUUCACAUCACUUUCUCAGUCAAAUAAAAUAUCUUCUUCCUCCCGCCCACUCUCUUUGAAGCGCAACUCUCCAUAGAAUUGGAAAUAGUAUCUGUUAAACCUCCUCACUCACUUCCGUUCAGAAUUUGUUAAGACAAUCUCCGUGUUUUGUGAGAGAGGUGAAUUGAAUUUGAGAUCUCUAUUAACUCCAAUUCUGUGGAUUUCGUGAACUGAAUUGCAGAGAAUGCAAGAAUUGCAAUCCUCAACACAUGCUUCUCACGACUUCCAAAGUGAACGACAACCGAACAAUCACACAACUGAUGCUGCCGUUACGGAUUCAGGAUCAGCAUCUGCUACAGCUAAUGACAGCAAGAAAGUUUCACGCCAAGACAUUGAGCUUGUGCAGAAUUUGAUAGAAAGGUGCCUACAAUUAUAUAUGAAUAAAGAUGAAGUUGUGAAAACACUUUUGACCAGAGCAAAGAUAGAUCCUGGAUUUACAACUCUAGUAUGGCAGAAGCUGGAAGAAGAGAAUGCUGAUUUCUUUAGGACCUAUUAUAUCAGGCUAAAAUUGAAAAAGCAAAUACUUAUGUUCAAUCAUUUGCUUGAGCAUCAAUAUCAUCUGAUGAAGUCUUCUUUACCUGCAAAGGCUCCAUUGGCUCCUAUACAAAAUGGAGUACAUCCAAUGUCCGUCAACAACCUCCCUAUGGGAUACCCAGUACUACAGCAGCCUCCCCUUCCUGCAGCUGGCCAACCACAUCUUGACUCCAUGGGUGGUGCCAUAUCAGGUCAUGUUGUUAAUGGAGUCCCUGCACCAAGCAACUAUCAUUCAAUUAGGACAAAUUCUGCUAAUGGGUCGUCCAUGUCAGAAAUGCCACUGAGCCCCGCAUCAGUAGCAUCCAGUGGCCGUUUCCCCUUCUCUGCAUCAGACAUAUCAGGAAUGUGCACAGAUGCAGCUGCUCUUGAUACGGCAUUUACAUCAGAUGUGGCAAGUUCUGUAGGACUGCAACUUGCACCAGAUAAUGUCAAUGGAGUUUCCAGAUCUCUAGAUCAAAUUCAGUGGAAUUUUAGCCUAUCUGAUUUAACAGCAGAUUUGUCGAACUUGGGAGAUCUAGAAGCUCUAGGAAACUAUCCUGGUUCACCAUUUAUGCAGUCUGAUUCAGAUAUUUUGCUUGAAUCUUCGGAUCAAAAGGACAUAGUGGAUGAAUUCUUUGUUACUUCUGAGCCCCAAGGCUCUCAGUCAGAUGAGGAGAGAGCUUAAGAGAAGGCGAGGCCAGUUGUGUUUCACAUUAAAAUGGUCAGGUUGCAUUAAAUUAGGAUCAAUCAUUUGGAUUCUUUGGGAAAUUGCUAUAUGGAAUAGUUUGGGACUAUGUUUAGGAUUUAGUUGUUGUAUUUAAUAUUUAUACAUACAUAUUGGUUGGAUCGUUGUCAAUGUUACGGUUGAUUUGACUCAACAACAGAUGAGAAUGUACUGAACUUAAAUAGUUUCUCAUUGUAGAUAACUUCACUUUGUUGUAGAUGCAAUUACAAUAAAAUAUUAGAGGUUUUUGAAUCA